AAAGGGGAAGAAGAUUUUUGCAAAAUAAAAAUUUAGUAAUCAACAUUAUUUUUUAACAAAAUUAAAAUUUUUGGUGAAUUGGAACAAUAAAGUUGUAUAAAUAAUGCAAAAUAGAAGUUCCAUAUUGUUUAUUAACUCACCAAUAUUGUGAAGGAUGAUUCAAAUUCGUUGUGAGUGGCUAAUAUCAACAAAGACAUAUUUAUACUUGAUAUUUUAGAAUUGUCUCUUUUAAUCUAAAUACUAAACAAUCAUUUGUCUUUUUAAGCUGCUUACGAAAGGUCCAUUUUUAGAAUAAAGUAAACAAAUAAAUAAUGUAUUUAAUAAAUAUUAUAAUUGUGCUCAUUUUUAUUAACAAAAUUUCGUGUUUGGAAAAUAAAGAGGAAAUUUCAGCCUUAACUUAUGUGGAUGAGAUUGUGGUGCUUAAGAAGAUAUUCAAUAAUCUGGAGCAAAUUAAAAAUUCCAUUGAUUUAUGGAAUGAAAGAUACGAAGAAUAUCAAUCCAUUAAGGAGGCUUCAAAUAAAGAAUUACCAAUAUUUGACAUAAGAUAUGAUGAUAUACCCCAGAAAUGUAAAAGUGAUGUCUUGCCAAAAAAUUGUGAUGAAGCUACUUCCUGCAUAAAGCGUAGUGGUGUCUAUAAGAUCCUUCAGCCAAGAUAUAGUAAUGAACCGUUUCUAGUCGAAUGUGAUGCUAAAACUAAUGGUGGCGGUUGGACCUUAAUACAGCGACGUCAAGAUGGUUUCGUGGAUUUCUAUCGUGAUUGGGCUGAAUAUCAAAAGGGUUUCGGACAAAUUGAUGGAGAAUUUUUUAUUGGUCUCGACAAGUUAUACGCCCUAACAAAUUACAAUGGACCUCAGGAAUUGCUAAUAGUUUUAGAAGAUAAAAAUGAAAUCAGACACGCUAAAUAUAGUAAUUUUGUCAUUGGCAAUGAACAUCAAAUGUAUGCUCUUCAGCAUUUAGGAGUCUUUUCCGGUGAUGCAGGAAAUUCUUUGACUCCACAGCUGGGAAUGAAGUUUACAACUAGAGAUCAAGACAAUGAUAUACAUGGAACUUUAAAUUGUGCCCAAGAGUUUUUGGGUGCAUGGUGGUAUCAAAAAUGUCAUAGUAGCAACCUCAAUGGAAAAUAUGGUGAUACUAGAUAUGCCAAAGGAAUAAUAUGGAUGGGUUUUCGUGCUAGUAAUGUAUCCAUUCAACAUGUCACAAUGAUGAUCAGACGUCGUCGUUUUUGAGAACACUUAAAUAUAAGUUACCAUUACAUAUAUUUUGUAAAAUUUUUCACUGAAAAUUUAAUACCCUAAAGUGUGAUAUUUUAUAAUAAAACAUUUAUGUUGAGUUCAAGCUUAA